AUGACCAAGGCAAAACUUCAGCUUCAGGCCUCUAUUGUAUCUACUCUGAUUGAAUGUGUCCCUAGCUGGAGCAACGUAGAGCCAUACUCUGUUGACGUGGAACACUUGGGUGGUGCCAUGACAAACCUCAUCUUUGCUGUGCAUAAACCCAACGGAAACGAACGUGACGUGCUUGUACGCGUGUACGGCGAAGGCACGGAAUCAUUUUUCUCACGUGUAGAAGAGACGCGAUUGUUUCAACUGCUGAGUGAUAAGAAAAUUGGAGUGAAAUUGCUUGGUCAGUUUGCUAAUGGCCGAGUUGAGAAACUCAUUUAUGGCUCCACGUAUACGAACAAGCGUAUGCGACAGAUGAAUGAGUCUCGACUUAUUGCCAAGCAACUACGUGUGUUUCAUGAACUAAACAUUGAUAUUGACCGAAGACCUACGUACAUGACGAGUAUCCGCAAGUUAUUGGAGGUAGUACGUGUCAAAUGCACCCAUGAGAAAUUUACAAACAUUGUGGACUUGAAGCAAUUAACUAAAGAUGUGGAUGAGCUUGAGGAGAUUCUAGACCAAGUGCCGUCUCUUGUGGUGUUGAGUCAUAAUGACUUGCAAUAUGGCAACAUCAUGAAGAAUGACGAGGGAGAUGCAGUGCUCAUUGACUUUGAGUAUACGAGCUAUAACCCGCGCGGGUAUGACCUGGGUAACCACUUUUGUGAGUGGGCGUACGACUACCACAAGAAAGUGAACGCACAUCUGGGAGAUUUUAGCAAGUACCCGACGGAGGAAGAACAGCGCAACUUUUGUCGCGCAUACUUGGCUGGGAAGGAAAGUGACGACAGUGACGUUAACGAGCAUGAGAUCAAAAAGCUGAGACUGGAAGCCAACACGUAUUCGUUAGCAUCUCACAUGUUCUGGGCUCUCUGGGGUUACAUCCAGGCCUCCCAGUCAGAGAUUGACUUUGACUUUUUGGCCUACGGCAAGUGCCGCUACGAUGCAUUCAAGUCUCGUGUAACACUCAAGAACUAA